AUGUAUGAUAUUAAUGGUAAUGGAACUAUUGAAAAGCAUGAAAUGGUUGAAAUUAUCAAAGCAAUUUACAGUAUGCUAGGUGCUGAUGAAUCAACUGUUGAUUUAAGUCCUGAAGCGCGUACAGAUGAAAUAUUUGAAAAAAUGGAUAGUAACUCUGAUGGAGUUUUAACAAGAGAAGAAUUUAUGGAUGGUUGUAUGGCAGAUAAACAACUUUAUUCUAUGUUACUCGCUGAUGAACCAGCUGAAUAG